AGGUCCAAGAGUUGUUGGCACAAGUUCACCUCUCCCUUGCCUGCUUCUGUACUUUUGUACAUAUUAUUUUGUUAUUUAUUUAUUUGUCAUCAUAUCAUUGAAAGUGUGAGGUUGGUUUUUACAAGUCUAUAUAUUGGUAAUGGGAAUGGUCUAAGGAUCAACUUAAAUAUAUUUCCCUUUCAAAUAUAGUACUCAACCCUAAAAAUCUCAAAGCAUUUCUUCUUGAACUGCAAUGACAAGGCCCGAGCAAUCUCUUUCUCUUCCCGGAUACUUGCAAGAAAAUGAAACCUCCCAAGAAUUUAGAGACUUGAUAGUCUCCAUACCCACUGAGAAGGGCUGGAUUGCAAAUCAUCUCCAUCAAUACCAAGGUUUUUGGCACACAACUAGGCAACUUCAAGGGGUUCUAGCUUGCCAAAAACACUUUCAAGCACAAGAUGGCGAUAUCUUUCUUGUCACCACUCCUAAAUCAGGCUCUACUUGGUUAAAGGCGGUGAUGUUUGCCUUGGUGAAUCGGGUUUCCUUUCCUGACACUAAACAACACCCUUUGCUCACUAACAACCCUCAUGCUCUUGUGCCUUUCUUGGAGAUGGAAUACAUUGGCAAAGAGAAUCUUGACUUCACCAACUACACUUUUCCUAGGCUGUUUUCAACUCAUCUCCCACUCUUGUCACUUCCCAGAUCUGUGGAGGACUCUGAUUGCAAGCUUGUUUACUUGUGUAGGAAUCCUAAGGACAGUUUCGUGUCCCUUUGGCACUUCACUAACAAGUUGAGACCCAUUGAUUGGGGUGCUAGUUCACUUGAAGAGACCUUUGAUAAAUUUUGUAGGGGAGUGAAUUUGUAUGGGCCAUUUUGGGACCAUGUUUUGGGUUAUUGGAAGGAGAGCCUGGAAAGGCAUCAUAGGGUAUUUUUCUUGAAGUACGAGGAAAUGAAAAGGGAGCCCAGGAUUCAGUUGAGGAGACUGUCUGAAUUCUUGGGGUGUCCAUUUUCCCUCGAAGAAGAGAAUAGCGGUGUCUUGGAUGAAAUUUUGGAGCUGUGUAGUUUUGAAAACCUGAGCAAUUUAGAAGUGAAUAUUAUCGGAAGGCUGCAUUCAGGAGAGGAGCACCAGGCCUUUUUUCGACGAGGCGAAGUUGGUGAUUCCAUGAAUUAUCUCACGGCUGAGAUGGUGGAAAAAAUUGACAUGAUCACUGAGCAGAAGUUGCAUGGUCAUGGUUUAAAGUUCUAGUUCGUUCUGAAGGCCGCACCAUCUUCCUUUACUGUUUAUCAACAUGCAUCUUUUGUUGGUAAGCUGAGGUCAACAUCUAGGCGCCAUUUAUCAUAUGUUGCACUAUUACUGUCGAUCACAACUGGCAGCAAUAAUGGCAUGGGCAUUGUACGCUGCAGUACCGAUGAGGGAAGCGUGAGCACCGAGCAGAAUAUGUCUUUAUCAAGGUAGCUUGCACGUGAUAUUCGGGGGUUUUAAUAUAUUUGAUUUGUUGAGUGCUACGUCACCAAACUUAUUAACGUAUCCCUACUGAGUUUCCUGCCAUUGCUCUAUGCUUUGUAAUCUUGCUUGUUUACAAUUAUUUUUAUGACCCAGUUUGUGUUGGUUACUACAAUUUCUUGGUGUAAAAUGGACGAUCCUUUAAAUGACAAGUUUAUCACUGAAGGGAUUAUUUUAGAA